GAAGAAAAGUUUCUUUUUUUGCUACGUAGCUUUUACCACUCAAUGCAUAUGUCUCCUGUGCAGAUUUCUGCUAACCCCAAAAUUAAAUUAAAUGGAGUCAUUGGGAUUCAAUGACAACUCAUUCUUAUCUGUUUCUGUUAAAAUAUCUCUUGACCAGUUUGAGUUACUUUCGAUGAUUACGAAAUUAACCAAGGUAUCUCGCACGGAUUGUCAUACAAUGGCUUUCAGCUCAUCAGCCGUGCUGCAUACAUGAAACGUGUAACCGCAGACCAAUUUGAUGAUACAUAAAGAACGACAUGUCGUGAGCUCCCUGAUCUCAUCCCCACACCAAAAUAUCUACAAUCAACUAAAAUUAUGGAAAUCAUAAUUGUAGGCGCGGGAAUCGCAGGUCUGGGUGCUGGGAUUGCUCUAAGGAGAGGUGGACAUAAAGUUACUAUACUUGAACAAUCCUCCCUUCUCCAUGAAACAGGCGCCGCUAUAACGGUAGCACCAAAUGCGUCACUCAUACUUCAAUCGUGGGAUUUUUCACCUGCAAAAUCGAAACUGGUAGCUCUUAGUAAAGCAAAUAUCUGGGAUGGUAUGGCCAUGAAAGUUGUGGUUGAUGGUUAUUAUGCGAAUACCGAGGAGAAGUAUGGGAUACCGCUAUAUGCGGCUCAUCGGGUUGAUUUACAUAGUCAGUUGAGAGAAAUAGCGACGAAGAAAGAUGGGGAGGGGAUUCCGGUUGAUUUAGUUGUUAAGGCGAAGACAGUUGGUUAUGAUGCUGUAAAUGGGAAAGUUACUCUUGAAGAUGGAAAUACUUUGCAAGCAGAUCUCAUCAUCGCAGCAGAUGGGGUGCACUCAACAGCUGUGGAGCACGUGCUUGGUGCAAAUAAGGUUCAGUCUGGCGAUACUGGAUGGUCUUGUAUGCGAUGGCUAGUGCCAACAGAAGACCUGUUAUCAGAUCCCGAGACGUCUGAUUUGGUUGACGAAUCUGUUCAGAGAUUCUUUGCACCAGCUUCUGGUGUGGGCGGUUUCGUAUGGUAUCCUUGCAGAGAUAACGAGGUGCAGAAUUUCCUGUAUUUGUCAAAGGCAUUCAAUAGUUCCCAUGCUACAGAAAGUUUCAGAGCAUCUGUUGACCCAAGUGUUCCGAUGAAGUAUGCGAAGGGAGAGUUUAGUCCCGCUUUGCAAGCUGUGAUUAGUAAGGCACAAGAUGUUAAAUUUUGGAAAUUGAUCGCCCGAGAACCAAUCCCCACAUGGCACAAGGACAAACUUGUUUUGAUAGGUGAUGCUGCUCAUCCUAUGCUUCCGUUCCAAGCACAAGGAGGAUGCCAAGCCAUUGAAGAUGCGGGAGCACUCGGUGUGUUAUUGAACCAAGUAGAUCCCAAUGACAAAGAAACACUGGAGAAGCGACUACAACUAUACGAAAAGGUUAGGAGAAACAGAGGCUCGUCUUUACAGAUCCUUUCGAACCAUAGUCCACCUGCAUCGCAGGAUAUUCGUAAUGAGGCUGCUAAGUAUCUUCCGGAUGGAAAAACACUUAACACCACGGAAGAUAUCAAUGAUUAUGUGUUCUCGUUUGAUGUCAUUAGGGAGUGUGAAAUGCUCUUGGCACAAGAAUUGGUCGAUGGUGGUGUUUGAAUUCAGAUUUUGAGAAAACCAAGUUGAUAUCAUUGAAUAAUCUUUACCAAAUUUCACGAUUUCUACAAGCAAUGGCAGUAUGUUCUUGAAUGAUCCUGCACCUGUGAUAUAUUGACAAUUUGGAACUGUGGUCGGGAUUGUGUUUCUUGAAUAUACUCGAAGUCUAAAGAUGAGAGAAGUAGACGAAAGGCAGAAAGCACUCGCUUAGCAUUGGGCGAACAGAGGACAAAUAUGAUCAGUACCCUGAUCUAGGAAGUGGAGGAUGGCCUAAGCGAAUAAUCCAUCACAAUUUGUAUCCGCACUUAAGGAGCGACUUGCAUUCAUGAGCACAACUCCUAUACUUCUUUUGUGUGUUUUUGCUUUAGCCAACACACGAUCAAUCAUGCUGAAGGCUUUAACAGAACCCAACUUUAAAUGCCUUGCUGAUCGCGUCAAGCAUUCUUGUAUCAAGUCGAAAAUUAAUGGAGAUAAGCCACUCA